AUGAUGAUCGCUUGCAAUGGCGAAUUUCCUGGACAAGCAUCCAACAUUUUCAGCAUAAGCUCCAUAAAGUUGCAGAUGUGGGAACCCUGGCACGUUCAUUGCUUGGAGAAAAAGUCUGGAAAGAGGCGUGGAUUAACGCUGGGAUGCGGGCCCAUGGCGGGCGAGUACCCAAUGCUGAAAUCAUUCGGGGUGGACAGUAUCGAGGCAUACGACACUGCAGAGGGGAUGUAUCAAAAGUUUUUGGAGUUUCAGCCAAACCCAGAGAUUCCUGCAACCUACCAUGUCAUGGAUGUGAAUGAGAUCCAUUUGGAGGAAGGGGCAUUUGAUGCGAUUUACAUUCAACACGCAUAUCAUCACUUCGAGCGCAUCGAACACGUUGCUGAAGAGAUCUCCAAGGUCUUGAAGCCCUCAGGUGUGUUCGUCAUCACCGAUUGGAUUGGGCCAAAUUUCCUGCAGCGGACGCCACAGCUUGCAGUGAUGAACAACCUUUGGCAUCAUAUGCCAGCCAAGUGGCGCACAGACCGCAUGGAUCGUUCAUUCCGAGCCUGUGCUGCCUGCCAAGGAAUCCUUGCCAGGAGAUCAAAGACGUGCUGGACGCGCGCUUUGAGAAGAUGCAAUGCGUUUAUGCGGGCAUUUUGUACCCUAUGUUUGAAGGCAGGGGCGGGGUGA